UCCAAGUCCAAGUCCAAGUCCAAGUCCUCUCUCUCUCUCUCUCUACAGACGAUGCAAUACAACACAACGCACAACCUAUAGACGAGUGGAGUUGGAGCUUUUAUUAGGGUUUCUCUCUCGAUUGCUGGGGUGCGGGUGCAGGUGCAGUUGCAGCUCCUCUGGACGGUACAAAGCCUUCAUUCACAACGCCAGCCAAUGGGAAGCUUUCUUAACACGGCCGAUUAGUGAUGUCUGUUCUUCCCCUCUAGUAACCUUUUACUCAUCUUUCGAUCCUCUCCGCUUCUCAAGUGCCAAAUCUGAUUCAACCCAAUGGCGGAGGAAGAUAUUGUGGCGCCUCCACAUUCCGACCACAAGCGGAAGCUUGAAGAUCUCGAGCCCGAAGCUCCCCAGCCACCCACCUCUCCGAUGCCCGAGGAACCUAGUGAUGCCCACCAAGACACUGCAUUGGUGGCGGAGCCUCCAUCUUCUCCCGAUGUGAAGCGGCCUCGCCUUGACGAUGCUUCAGGUAAUGUGGCUAGUGAGAACGGACAUCAAGAUAAGAAGGCGGACGAGUCUUCUAACGGCGAGCAAGAAAAUGUAGAAAACAGCGGGGCUGAGGAUGCUGAUUCAAAUCCCAGAGAUAGUAAAGAUGCUUCAGAUGAUGGAGUGCCAGCUGCCGACAAUAAUGAUGUUGGUGACUUUGAACCUUCUGCCAUUAUAGGUUCCCAAACGGACAACACUGAAGAACCUCCCCUGGAAGAAGCGGAACCUGCUUCUGAUAAUGUUUUGCAACAAGCUAAUGCUUCUAUGCUUCAGCAGCAGGACCAUGAACCUAUCACCGAUUCUGGAACAAUUUCACGUAAAAUUGAAGUCCCAAAUGAUAAGGUUGGGGUUCUUAUCGGCAAGGGUGGAGAGACUGUGCGCUCGCUGCAGUCUAAUUCAGGGGCAAAAAUUCAGAUAGUGAGGGAUGCAGAUGCUGAUAUGGCAUGCUCGAUGAGGCCUGUUGAACUGAUUGGAAGUUUGGAAAGUAUUAGCAAAGCUGAGAAACUCAUAAGAGAUGUCAUAGCUGAGGCAGAUGCUGGUGGUUCCCCUUCUCUGGUAGCCAGAGGCUUUGGCAGCGGACAGAAUGCAGGUGCUGCUGAGCAAUUCGAGAUGAAAGUGCCAAAUGAAAAGGUUGGUUUAAUCAUUGGGCGAGGCGGUGAUACAAUCAAAGGUCUGCAGACCAAAUCUGGGGCCCGCAUCCAGUUGAUACCUCAACAACCUACUGGAGGAGAUGAAUCCAAGGAAAGAACCGUAAGGGUGACGGGCUAUAAGAGGCAAAUUGAUAUUGCUAUAGAGAUGAUAAAGGAUGUUAUGAAACAGCUUCCAAAACCGUCGCAUCUCUCUGGCAGUUAUCGUCAACAGGCUUAUCAAUCACGUGGCGGACCGCCAGCGCAGUGGGGUCCACCACGUGGUCCUCCUUAUCCCUCUCAGCCGAUGAUGGGAUAUGAUUAUCAGCAGCAGCGAGGAGGGCCAUAUCCCUCUCAGAAUCCACAGUAUCCUCCAUCCUAUAACCCCCCAGCACCCCCACAAUUGGGUCCUCGACAGAGUGGCUUUGGCUUUGGCUGGGACCAAAGGCCACCUCCUCAUGGUGGGAAUAACUAUGAUUUCUAUGGAGGGCAUGGGCCAAAUGCUCAGGCGCUUGGCUCUCAUUCUGGUCCUCCAAUUCAUGGGCAUGCUGCAGGCCCACCGCAACCACAGGCGAAUUACAAUUAUGGACCAUCGACCCAAGGUCCACCAGAGUAUGGGCAUUCAGCCCCAUAUUCAUCACAGCCUGUACCGACUCACCAGAGUUAUGGGCAUUCGGGAUAUGAAGCCAAGUAUGAGAGUGCUCCCCCAUCACAUAGUUAUGGAAGCUCUCAACCAGUUUACUCACAGGCUGCCCCACAAUCUGGGUAUUACACUCAACAACAGUAUGGUAAACCACCAGUAGCAGCAUCUUAUGGUAUGAAUCCCAAUCAUCCUCCUCAGUCGUAUGGAAACCCUAGGGGCAAUCAACCAGGAGGAGAUGCAAUGACAGGCUAUCAUCUGGGCUCCUCGAAUCAGUUAUAUGGAUCCCAACAACAGGUUUACCCAUCAUCGUACCCUGCAGUGACUGAGCAGCCUCCAAUGCAACAGCAGCAGCAGCAGACUAGUUAUCCUAUGUAUCCAACUGACGGGCAAGGGCAAGGUGGGGCUGCUGGCUAUGGCUCGUACCCUUCGUCCGUGCAACAAGCAGCAGGAUAUCCUACUACUGAGCAGCAAGCAACGGCGUAUCAUCAUCAAGCAGCAGCAACUCCUCAAGAUCCAGGUGCUGUAGCCGCCGCAGCAGCAUCCUAUACGCAGCUGCCGCAGCAGCAGCAGCAUCAACAACAGCAGGCGGGAUUCACUCAACAGCCUCCACCAGCAGCACAGGCCACCUCCUAUCCUUCUCAGUAUGACUCCACCACCCAACAGGCUUAUGGUGGGCCGCCUGCUGCCCGUUGAGGAGUGAGUGAUCAGAUGGAAAUUGUGGAAUCUCUAGUCUCUACUUAAAAAGAAAGUUGGUAUUAGUUAUAUCUGUUAGUCCAAUGUAUCAAAAAAUCCUUACAUAGCAAGCAAAUUUUUUUUUUUCCUUUCUUUCUUUCUUGGAAGGCUAGAAUGUUGGUGAUUUUGGGAUCUCAUCUUUAUCUCUUUACCCCAGCCAAUUUCGAUUUCUCUGUUGCUAUUCCUAUUACAACUCUUUGGUAAUCAAAACUUGUUUCUUUUUUGUUGGCAUUAA